AUGCGGUGCGUAUACUUGACCACGACCCAUCGCUGGCUCUUUACCGAUUACAAGGUGGAACAUGUGGGACGGAGUCUGCCUGGUCUCGUGAAUCGAAGAAUUCUGUUGAAUCAGCAAACAGCGUUACUCUCUGGUGUUCAGUUCGAUCUUGAGAAUGCCUUGACCACAGUGGAAAACAUACGUAAGUCCAGCUCGACAUUUGAGGAGUGUACGGAAAUGUUGCGUAACUGUAUUUUUUACAAACAACAAUUGGAUUUUGAUGCGAAACGGAAGGUGGCUGAAUUCAGUGUAAAAGGCCGAAGCAAAUCUCUACAUGACGUCACGCGACAAGCAGAAAAAGAGAAGUGA